UUCCGCACGGUGGAGGAGGUCCCCGACUACGUAGAGAAGAGUAUUCCUUUCUUCAUUACUUUUAUUGGACUGGAGUUUGCUAUCAGCUGGAUUCAGAAGCGCAAGCUGUCAGGUCGGAUCAAUGAUGGCAUAAGUUCUCUUUCCUUAGGUAUCCUGUCUCGACUUCCAGAUGUUUUAUUCAGAAGUGUUGACUUAAUUAGUUACAUCUAUGUAUGGAAUAACUACAGACUCUUUGAACUGCCCUGGGACUCACCAUGGACGUGGUAUUUGACACUUCUGGGAGUGGACUUUGCAUACUACUGCUUUCAUCGCAUUAGCCAUGAGGUUAAUAUACUGUGGGCUGCACAUCAAGUACAUCAUAGUUCUGAAGAUUACAACUUAUUCACAGCCUUGAGACAAUCUGUACUGCAGAAAUACACCGCCUGGAUGUUGAACUUGCCCAUGGCUCUUUUUAUUCCCCCUUCAGUGUUUGCUGUUCAUCUACAGUUUAAUCUACUCUACCAGUUUUGGAUACAUACAGAG